AUGAUCAGAUUUGUCACUCGUUUUGUAAGAUAAUUCUCAUCACAAAUUGUAAUCUCUUAUUAUCAACUUAGGAUGGUAUUAUUGAUAUUGGAUUACCUUCACUUUCUAAAGGAGUCUUAACUAUUUGUCCUACUCCUAUUGGAAAUUUAUAAGAUUGGACUCCAAGAUAAGACAAAGCACUUUUUGAAGCUGAUGUUAUUGCUUGUGAAGAUACUCGAAUUACAGGAUUUCUUAUUAAAAUGAUAAAGAAUAAAAAAUUGACUAAUGAAUAAUUAUCUAUACCAGAUAAUCCUAAAGAUUAUGAUUUAGAUGAUGAUGAUUUCUCACUUUAAGAUGUUAUAUUUGAUUCAACCAAAUAAUUAUAAUUGUAUUUAUAUAAUAUCUACCAAUUUUAGAAAAUUACCAGAAUUAAAUUAAUAAGAAAUUACUGCUGCAGAUAUUAGUUUUUAUAAAUAGAAAAAAAUAGAAGAAAUGAAAGAACGUGUAUCUUAAGAAGUUAAAAAAUAAAAAGAAUAUUUACAUUAAAAAGAUCCAUUAAAUUUUAUGGGAAAAUAAGAAUAUGAAGAAGAAAUGAAUCCAACUGAAUUUGAAGUAUAUGGAUUAACUGCUCCAUUUAUGGUUUAUCUAAGAAAUAAAAUAGCUGUUGCAAAAAAAAGAAAAGGAAGAGGUGUUUUAAUUAGUUGUCAUAAAUUUAAUGAAGAUAAAAGAAUUGAUAGACUUAUUGCAAUGCUGAAAAUGGGUUUAAAUAUAACAUUAGUUUGUGAUGCAGGAACACCAGCUAUUUCAGAUCCUGGUUAUUAAUUAGUUAAUAAAUGUAUUGAAAGAAAUGUCAAAAUUUAAGUAAUACCAGGACCAAGUGCUAUUUCUGUUGCUUUAAGUACUUGUGGAUUUCCUACUGAUAAUUUCUCAUUUCUUGGAUUUCUCUCUAAAGAAUAACAUGAUAGAGAUUAAAAUUUAAGAUUUUAUUUAAAAUCUCCUUGUACUUUAGUAUUAUUUGAGUCUCCCUCUAGAGUUCAUUAAACAUUAUUAACUAUUGAAAAGAUCUAUGGAGAAACUUAAUAAAUCUGGUUAGGAUUUGAAUUAACAAAGAAAUUCGAAAAAAAAAUAAGAGGAAAAUGUAGAGAAGUUUAUGAAAUGUUAACUGAUCCAAAAAUCAUUCGACCUUCCCAUUUAAAAGGUGAAGUCACUAUUAUCAUUGCUCCUUAUACUACUACUUAUAAUGAUGAAUUAAAAGCUUAAUAAUACUAUUCUAGAAAUUAAUCUAAUGAAUUCUACUAAGAAGAGGAAGAAAGCAUUUAAAAUUAAAUUAAGAAUGUUGAAAUCUUAUAAGUAGCUUAAGCAUUUGGAGAAAAAUUUAAAGGUUCUGAUAGAGAAUUUAAUGAAGUAUUACAAAAAGCAUUAAGAAUUUCAAAAACAAAGGCUACAAAAUUAAUAGUUGAAGUUAGACAUAUGUAAAGAAUUGAAUAGAAUAUAAAAAAAUUAAAAGAUGUUAUAGGAGAAGGAGAAGAUUAUUUUAAAUGA